AUGGCAACAUCUCAACAAGAGCUGGACUGGCAAUCGACGAAGAAGACGGUGUUAGAACGAAGUCGUCAUAUGUUUAAUAAUCCGUUCAUGAGCGACAUCGCGUUCAGUUGUGAAGGCUCCGACAAGAAAUUCUUCGCACAUAAAUAUGUCCUCGCCACAAGUAGUGCUGUAUUUUAUGCGAUGUUUUACGGCGAGCUGGCGGAGAAGAAUUCAGUUGUUCAUCUGAGCGAUACUGACGAGGAAAGUCUGGAGGAAUUUCUACGAUUUCUUUACACGGACGAGUGUAACUUGACAACAGAUAAUGCCCUGUUUGUGUUGUACUUGGCCAAGAAGUAUAUCGUGCCCUCUGUGACGAUUUCUAUCGCCGACGUGGGCGCUGCAGUUCACAAUAACACAAGUCAAUAAAACCCACUGUACUACAAUUAACAUAAAGGUUUUAAUUCUGUAAUUACUAAGAGUUAUCUAAUUUCCUAAAGUAUUUUUUUUAACAAACCCGAGUCCAACAGAGUGUAGCUACGUCUUCUUUCUUCAGCUAGCCCACAGCGCUUAACUUUCCGCGUAGUAUCAAACAUAUAGCAGCGUCGUAUCUUGUUUGUUGAGAAUUUCAACGGAUAUAUCUUAUGAACACAAGCGUGACGAAACUUGCUAACAAUCUGAAUAUUCUUAAAUCGCUUCGAGAUGUUUUCUGUCGAUCUCAAAUGAACUUGAGCGUAUAUAGUCAGCGAACUUCAGUAUACUUCCAACAAAAGCAAGAUGUCCUUCCAAGUUGUUCUUCUCCUGAAGGUCUUCGUCGGGUUUUUUUUUUUAAUAUUUAGGAACUCCUUCCUUGCUUGUCCUGUUUUUCCUCUGCUCGCUUCAAACUCUGGGCUCCUUAUAUAAUCCAUUAAUUUACAUAUUCAUAAAAUAUAAUUAUAAUUAUAAUACAGCUAUUCUUUUAUCACACCUUCCCGCCAAAGAUCAUAUUACAACUGUAAUUGAUCCAAUGCUGUUACAAAAUCUGACGAGUACACAUACACCAGCAACAACUCCCAAACCGGUCGGAGAGGAGCAGCCAGGCGAAAAAUACCCAUCGGCAGGGAAGGUUCCUACACUCCCACGGGACUUUACUCAAUUCUACUUAACGCAUCUGCGUCCACAUUCUUUUCCCCCGCCUUAUGCUCAUACUCUAUCUCAUACUCCUGAAGAGUCAAACUCCACCGCCGCAACUUACGAUUUUUAUCCUUUACUUGGUUUAGCCAAACUAAAGGGUUAUGAUCCGUUUGCAGUUUAAACUUCCUACCAAAAAGGUAAUAUCGGAAAGUUUCAACAGCCCAAACAAUUGCCAAACACUCCUUCUCAAUCGUCGCUAACUUCAACUAUAAUUACUCUCGCUCAGAAAUGUUUUGAAUAUUUUGACGCCAACUUCGCAGCAGAAAAUGUUUUCAUACUUUUACAGCAAGCAAUUCAAUUUGACGAAAACAAACUUGAGGAGAAAUGCUGGGAUUUUAUAGAUUUGAACACAAGCGAAGCUGUCGUUUCUGAUGGAUUUUGUGACAUUAAUCAAGCAACUUUAGUAGAGUUAGUGAAGCGAGAACCGUUGAACGUCGAAGAGGUUGAUCUUUUCAAAGCAGUUUUAAAAUGGAGCGAAGCGGAAUGCUCAAGAAAGGGAAUAGAAGCGAAUGCAAAGAACAAACGAGCCGCCAUGGGAAAUGCAAUCUAUCAAAUACGUUUUGCUUCUAUGACCCUUCAAGAUUUGGCCCAGAAUGCUUCCCAGUCGGGUGUACUUACACCAGAAGAAAUUCUUUUAUUCUUUGAGAAAUUAGGCGGAGUAGACAGAACGUCCGAAGUAUGGAAUAUGUCAGAAACAAGAGCAAAAAAAAAAUUAGAUAUCUUUCUAACACUAUUUGAUCAAUUUGAUUGGAAAGCUUUGGAACAAUCCAGAUCAUAG